AUUCUUACAAGUGUACCACAUCCUCGUCCUCAUCGUUCAUCGCUCGACGUCCACCAGUGUGUUAAUCAUGUCUUGGCAAGCAUACGUCGAUUCUAACCUGAUCGGGAGUGGCAAGGUCUCAAAGGCGGCGAUUAUUGGUUUGAAGGGUGGUGUAUGGGCAACGUCGGUGGGGUUCACAUUAAGCACAGAGGAACAGAAGGCGAUCGUUGACGGUUUCAAGAACCCUGACGCUAUUCUGGCAAGCGGUGUUCGGCUUGGAGGUCAAAAGUUCUUCGCGGUCCGAGCCGACCAGCGUAGUAUUUACGGGAAGAAGCAGCUCGACGGCGCUGUGAUCGUCAAGACCACACAGGCUGUCAUUGUCACUGAAUACCUGGCGCCACUCCAAGCCCCGGAGACGACGCCCAUUGUGGAGGGUCUUGCGGAUUAUCUGAUCUCUGUGGGCUACUAGAUGUCUGCGUUUGUAUUGUUACCAUCAGGUGUCGUGUGCAGUACCCCAAGGGAUGAUGAAGUCGGACAGUCCAUAUGUAUCACAAACACACUGCUUUACUAUCCAUUGAAAUUCGCUAUCUGCUUUGUCCAACAUUCAAGUAGAAUAAGCAUCCAUCCAUCCAUCCAUCACUCGGAUCUAAUCUACUGCGAUUUUUCUUUGUUCC